AUGGUUAUCGUGCUAUUGAAUGAAUUGUCAGCGGCGUUCCAGCAUGUCGAGGGCCAUUUGACGCCAGAAGAUGCAGUCAAACGGUACCUGGAUUUACAUCCGGAAAGCAGUUUAGCGAACAUUUUGUCGGAGCAGCAGCAGCGAUUGAAAUUAAAGAUGGUAGCAGAUGACAUCCUAUCCAGCUUUUUGGAACCAGGAGCGUACGCUUGUUCCGUGCUGAGGAAAUUCCUUCGCGAGAUUCUGGCCGGUGUAGUAUUAGAGUCGGCGGUCUCCAAUCUUUCGCGAUCGGAGACGAUCAAUGCCUGGAUCAUUCAUCUUUUAAGGGAAGGUGAAUCGGAGUUGUUGAACGCCAUUGAUGCGGGGGUCGAGGGGGCCAAGGAACAAGUGGUCGCGGUCGAGGGCGCCCACGAAGAGAACAGGUCUACAACAGUUCCGUUUAGCAACUCAGAUAUUAAGGGAAACCCUGCUGGACAUUCUGAUACUUAUGGAAUUCUUCCUACGACCAAGGUCCUUGAGGUUCCAAUCUAUCCACCAGGGGGCGCCACGCUUCAGACACAGGACUUGCAGGUCCAAACCGCUCGUCUGUGUUCGCCUGAAGAUGUGCAGUCCUCAGAUUCCCAGUCAACCAUGUUGCCGCGCCACUCGCUUGUCGGGACCCAAAACAAAGAGGCAACAAUCCAUACACCGAAGGCCAAAGACACCGCAGAGAUUCGGAAUGAUUAUGAUCCGACAAAGAUAGAGUCCACGAAACAUCAUCCUCCAGUUCAACCUACAGACCCAUGCAUGGCACCGCCAGCCUCGCAUUUAUCGGAUUCCCCAUCUAAAGAAUUACCUGUCACGACUCUUCAUCAUGCAUCCGUUUCAGUAGAGGAGCUCUCUGAAGCUAGUGAGAAAGCAUCAAUUCGGUCAAAACCUACAUCGACUUAUUUGAUCCAAAUCGAGCCAGCAGCCACACGUCGCACUGGGUGGAUGAUUUUCAGAAAUUAUGCAGAUUUUGAGUCACUACACGGCACCCUUGGAACGAUAGCGAGGCUUAAUAAGAUACAGGAUUUCACGGAAAGCCACCCUGUCUUGCCACCUUGGAAGGGGCAGACAAAGGGGGCCCUAGUGCAUAAUCUGGAGAGAUACCUUAAGGAUGCGCUUCAGUAUGAAGCGCUUGCGGAUUGCGAGAGAAUGAAACGGUUUUUGGAGAAGGAUGAGCGCCUCGACCCUGGUGCCAGCGAUGCCUCAGCUAAAUCUGGGUUUCCGUUUCCCACAUCGGUGGCGCUCGAAAACAUGGGCAAAGGUAUGCUAGGCGUUCUGACUAACGCACCAAAGGGCGUUGCUGAAGGUGGUAAAGCCGUCAUUGGUGGUGUGACCGGGGUGUUUGGAGGAGCGAACGGCAAAAAAACAUCAUUCAGCUCCAAAGGAUAUAAAGGAGACCAUGGCCGUUCCCUAUCAACUCGAUCCAUCUCACAAAUGAACUACGGGAGUGUAGUCUCUGACAGUGUGGACGGGCCGAAGAGACCUGUUAGCGAGAACGAUAAGACAGAGCGUUAUUCUUUAGCUGUGGUCCCUACCCCCGAGUCCUCAGGUUCUCAGGAAGUCCCUCCCAGCCAUGGAAGCGGAAACGUUGUUGACUCUACUAUACCAAGGUUUGGAGAUCUUGCAUCUUCCGAUUCAAAACUCGAGAGCCAUCGCCUCCAGGGGCCUUUGUCUGACUCUGAUGGUGGGGCUAACAUUGGUUCCCGCAUAAAACUGAAGGAAGAGCAGAAAGCGUCAGAUGGUCAAAGUACUGUGCGGCGUCAAGAAAGCCCUAUCUCCCAGGAGGAGACACAAAUAGCUGUGGAGCUCAUCUUUGCGGUUAUCAAUGAACUAUACUCAUUGUCAUCUGCAUGGAACAUCAGGAGAACACUUCUGAACGCGGCCAAGUCGUAUAUCCUACGCCCCGGAAGCCCAAGUCUAGAGACGAUUCGCACUCUCUUACAGGAGUCCAUGAUUGAUGCUAAUACCUCGGAUGUAUCAAUCGCCUCCUAUCUGACCAAGCUCCGCGAGAAUGUCCUGCCGACGAAAGAGGAGCUGGAGUCGUGGCCUCAGUCGCCCAGUAGCGCGGAAAAGGAGCGUAUGAGGGAAACUGCGAGAAAAACACUUGUCCUUAAGGGGCUACCGCAGGCGCUUACAAGUGUCAUGGGGGCCGCUGCUAGUCGCGAAUCACUCGAGAGGGUGUUUGAUUGCCUACAGGUCGAAAUGAUUGCGCGCGGUUUUGUUUACACCAUUCUUUUGCAAGCUCUGAGAGCUCUGACUUUCUGA